AUGACGCGACGCAACAAAAACCGUGCUACUGAUGAAACAGUGUCACCUGACAAGCUUGAUGAUACUAAUCUAAAAAAACAAAAGAUUGUGGCAGCAGCUAUCGAGAUCAACAAUGACGAUGAUCGUGAGUCAACAUCCGAUCAGGGUGGUCCAGAAAUCACUCUUUUAGAAUUGCACCAAAUGAUCAAAAACGACAUUUUAAAUGCUAGCAGCUCAACAAAUAUAAGAAUAGAUAACAUUGCGGAAAAUAUAAAUAAAUCAAUUGAAAAGCUACAACAUGAGGUUGAGGAGGUGAAAGUUUCUCAACAAUUUAUUUCGAACGAAUUCGAACAAAUGAAAGUUUCACUAGAUGAUCAUAAAUCUAUUGUUUCAUCUAUGAAAAAUGAGAUAGCUGAACUUAAGAAUGAUCAAACAGAAAAUCGACAGUACAUUGAAGAAUUGAACUUCGAAGUUAAUAUGAUCAAACAAUCUUCAAUGGAGGGUCACCUGCUCAUUUCGAAUGUGGUGCAGCUUAUAAACGAGGAUCUUGUUCAUCUGUUAAACAACAUAUUAAGUAGUCUGGGAAUAUCCUGCAAUUCUUAUGACAUUAUUGGUAUCACGCGACUGUCUUCAUCGAAUGGCAGAGGUCUAUCUCCGAUCCUGGUCCGCUUCAUGAACAUAGCACUUAAGGAUAAAAUAAUAAGAAUGGCGCGGAAAAAACCACUGAGCUGCAUUGACAUUGGACUAAACAUCGAUCAACGGAUUUACUUCAACCAACGACUGACGCACUUAAAUCAACGUCUCCUAGGAAUAGCGAGAAAAUUUAAAACAGAUCACCAUUACAAAUUUGUGUGGUUCUCAAACGGAUUUGUGUUUCUUAAAAAAGAUGAAAAAUCUAAAGCUUUAAAAAUAACUGACAUUCAAGAUUUGCCAAAUCAUAAUUGA